CACCCUUCACUGGCUAAAGUCAUUGUUUCACGUAUUAAAUUCUACUGGUGGCUGUCUGGAUGUCAUUGACAAAGACUGAGACGUUCGAAGUUAGUUGGGCACAGUGGGAAUCACAACUGAACCUGACCGAAGCUUCAUUGCAUUUGCCGAUAUAGUACCUCGUGCGCUGCGACUUCCGUUUUGUCCCUUCAACUCUGGAAAAGACCUAUUACUAGCAUUCAAGUCUUGACUCCAAACACCCUCCUCUCUGGUAAACCAAAGAGCACCCCUCUGAUACGAAAGAACCUAGAGAUAGAGAGAAAAAACCAGACGGCACAAUGUUGCAUCUAUUGGAUCUCCCCCGUGAGGUCCGCAACGAGAUCUGGCAAUACUACAUCCUCCUCGUCAAUGGCGAAAUCAAACCACUCUUCGAUACCAAUAAGCAACUCCGCGAGGAGCUCCUCCUCGCCGGUGUCACCACCCAAGGGUGCAUAGUGUUCAUCGAGGGCCACGAUUACUGCAGGACCAUCACGGUGCGGAUUCCGACCCGCCGGGAACUCCGAGAGAGCGCCCACCCAUUGCACGGAGUCCAGGAGAUGCCCGUCUCCAUCGCGGACGUGUCGACGCUCCGGGCCGGCGACUUCCUGGAGACCCUGGCCCAGAAGAUCAAAAUGGCGUAUGUGUGUUUCGGUGGGCCAAAUGUUGAUAUUCCCACUAUCGGCAGGGCGUGCGCGGUUAGGCUCAUCGAGACACUGCAAGCGACAAGGCGCGGUAGCCCCUUUUCGGUGUAUUGGUCCUAUGGCGAGGGGGGGUCGUGGGUUGGGAGGAAGAGGUUGAAACCGCGCGAGCAUAGUGUCCAGUACAAGGAAGGAGGUUAUCUCGAUAUCGAGUGGAAUGCCAUACAUAAGCCGGGGUAUCGAAAGGGGUUGAAUACCCAAUGGUGGUAG